AUGAAAAUGCACACCGGUGAAAAACCUUUUUCGUGUAAUAUCUGUGAAUUUAGAUGUACUUUAAAAAGUAGUUUACCAAGUCAUAUGAAAAUACACACCGGAGAAAAACCUUUUUCGUGUAAUAUCUGUGAAUAUAAAUCUAUUACGAAAGGUAGUUUGAAAUACCAUAUUAUUAAAAAACACACCGGUGAAAAACCUUUUUCGUGUCAUAUCUGUGAAUAUAAAUGUAUACGAAAAAAUGAUUUGAAAACACACAUUUUAAUUCACACCGGUGAAAAGCCCUUUUCGUGUAAUAUCUGUGAAUAUAAAUGUAUGCGAAAAAGUGGUUUGAGAAGACACAUAAAAAUACACACUGGAGAAAAACCUCUUUCGUGUAAUAUCUGUGAAUUUAGAUGUAAUACAAAAAGUAAUUUGCAAAGACAUAUAAAAAUACACACCGGAGAAAAACCUUAUUCCUGUCAUAUCUGUGAAUUUAGAUGUAUUACAAAAACUAAUUUGCAAACACAUAUAAAAAUACACACAGGAGAAAAACCCUUUUUGUGUAAUAUCUGUGAAUAUAAAUGCUCACGAAAAACUGUUUUGAUAAGACACAAAAAUACACACCGUUUUAAGGGGACCUCCCACCCUCCCUCAAUCUCGCGCAUUAUAACCGUCGCCGUCAAUCCCAGCACUACCACCCCAGCACCACCACACUAG